UUUCACAGAAGCUGGACACACUCUGCCUUCUGUUCAUGUGUUAUUCUCGUUCAUAAUAUCCCCCUCCCAGACCUCAAACCAGACUGGAGCAGACAGAGGGCCGGGACACACAGCUUGCUAACCUUUUGGAUCUUCUGGGGACAUGGACAUUUAUCUGUUGGAGCAUUUCUUUGUGGACCACGAAAGAGAUCAUUUGGUAAACUAGACAUCCUCGACUUCAAAGGUUGUAAAUGUGUUGUUCCUGGCAUAAGAUCAUCAUGUGUCCUGAAAUAAUGUCCCCAAAGUAUCUCUUUCAGGUCAUCAUUUGUGUUACACUUUCACUCCUAGUAUUUUUUCCAUCUGCCAGUGCUGACCCUGUUCUUAAUGGUCAACCAUUUGUGACGAUUUGGAAUGCCCCAACCGCUAGAUGUUAUGAACAGUUUGGAGUGACUCUUGACCUGGGAGCCUUUGAUAUUGUGAAGAAUCAAAACUACUCAUUUCUGGGCUCUGAAGUAGUGAUCUUCUACAACACCCAAAUAGGUCUCUAUCCCUAUUUUGAUGAAGAGGAGAACCCUAUUAAUGAUGGGCUCCCCCAAAAUGCCAGCCUAAGAGACCAUCUAGCUAAGGCCUCUGUUGACCUGGAGGCAGCCAUACCUGAUCCAUUUUUCAAGGGGGUAGCUGUGGUAGACUGGGAGAACUGGAGACCUCUGUGGAUACGUAACUGGGAUAAAAUGACAGUGUAUAAAGAGCGUUCAGCUGACCUGGUGAGACAAAGAUACCCAGAGUGGCCACAACAAAAGAUAUUGAAAGCUGCCAAGUUGGAAUUUGAAGCCGCUGCUCGGGAAUUUAUGCAGUCAACUUUGGAGUUGGGAUGUAAGAUGAAGCCAGGUGGACUUUGGGGUUUUUAUGGGUUUCCCAGCUGCUAUAACUAUAACUACAAGAAAACACAAAAUUACACAGGCGAAUGCCCAAAAAGAGAGAUACGAAGGAAUGACCUUCUGUCCUGGUUGUGGGGGGCUAGCCGAGCCUUAUUUCCAGAUAUAUACUUGGAGCAGGAUUUGAAGAUGUCAGAGUAUGUUGGAAGGUUUGUGAAACACAGGAUAGAGGAAGGCUUCAGAGUUUCCAAGGUUGCAGGAGGGGUGGAACUACCUGUCGUUCCCUACGCUCGUAUUGUGUACACAUACAGCAUGGACUUCCUCACUCAGGAGGAUCUCAUCCAGACAUUAGGACAGAGUGCAGCUUUGGGUACAGCUGGUGUCAUCCUCUGGGGAAAUGCAGACUACAGUGUGAGCAAGGAGUCUUGUCUGGCUGUGAAAUCCUACAUAGAUGACACCCUGGGUAUGUACGUGGUAAAUGUGACCACUGGAGCGAUGCUGUGCAGUAAGGCUUUGUGUUCAGGGAAUGGCCGAUGCGUGCGUAAAGAUAGCUCAUCCGAGGUUUAUCUUCACCUGAAUCCUGGAAGCUUCAUUAUCAAGAAGAACCUUGUAGGCCAAGGAUUUCUUGUGUCUGGGCAGAGCACCAAGGAGGACAUCACACAUAUGGCAACAUAUUUCCAGUGUCGCUGCUAUUCAGGGUGGAAAGGAACUGAUUGCUCUGAAAAAACCAUGGUUGUGACUCAGUCAACUUAAAGGCUAAGGGCCUAGUUAUAACCCCUGCAUACCCUAUAGGAAAAUGUAAAACUCUAGCAAACAUGUCUUCAUAUCUGAGAAUACAGCGUUCUUGGCGUACAUUGCCAUUUAGUAUUUUUCCUCUUUCUCUAUAUACUUGUAUAGAUCUGCCUGAAAGUGUUUUACAGAAGACAUCAGAAAGUGAGCUUUUGUUAUUCCUACAAAAAUAAUAAACUUAUCUUAAGAAAA